AUGAAUAAGACUCCAAAGUACACUUCUCCACUGCUUUCGACCUCUGCCAGAAAACAAUCUAAGUCCAAACCCUUAGUUAAUCCAAGCACUUAGUAGACUCAUAAAAAACAACCACUUUUUAUCAUCAGAAUUGAUGUUGGGGAUAAUAAGUUUGAAGAUCUUAAAUUCUACGAAGGUGAUAAUUCUCAAAAUCUGGCAGCCAAGUUUGGCAAAAAAUUUGGACUAAACGAUGAAGCCAUUGGGAUAUUAGCUUAAUAGCUUUCCUCUAAAGUUGAAGAUGAGACUGCCAAAAAAUAAUAAUAGCAGCAAAUAUUAAGGGAAAAAAUUAAAUAAGAUAUUUAAGAUGAACUAAAAUAAUAAAAAUCUAGCAGACGCAGUAAGAGCAGAUUAUAAUCUCAAAGGUAAUCAAAUUUACAGAAUUGCACAGCUGCAGACUAGGCUGUAGAUAGUGGUAAUCUGUCUAUGGUUAAUCAAUAGCCAGCCCACGAUAGACUUUAUAAUAUAGCUAUGACAAAAAAUCAGAAACAAAAAUAGCUGCAGGAGUAAUAAGAGGCGGGCUCUAACGGUAAGAGUCUUAACUCAACAUAAAAAUGCAAAACAGCUAGAUCAUUUAUGAAAUAAAAUAGCACUUCCAAUUAAAAUCUCCUCUCAGCAAGCAAAUAACGAAACAAUAAUAACAACAAUACCUAAAGUAUCAUGCUUUAGAAUAUGAACUCAAGUACUAUUGGAGGUAGUUCUUCCACAACUUAUAUAAACAACAAUGUCAAUUACAGUGGUGGGUUUGGAGACAGAAUGUAUCUAUAGCAUACCAGGAAAAAAGAACUGUUUGAUAUUAAUCCAAUGGAGGAUUUUCAAAACAAAUAAAUUUAGGACUUCAUAACUUAUCAUCCACAGAAGCAUUCAAAUAAGUAGUCUUUUGUGGCAUCACACUCUUCUUCUAUGAUAUGCGGAGAUCGAUUUUUUAAUAGAACUGAGGAAAUAUUAUUAGACUGGGGCAAGAAGUAUAACGAUCGUAAAGUAAAAUUAGCUGAGGAGAGAGAAGAGGAAAUCAAAUAGGAGUGUAAGUUCUAGCCACAACUGGAUGAGAAAAGAUUGCAAAAGUAUUUGAAAUAGGAUGGAAGCAGGAGUUUGAAGGACAUACACUCAUUUUUAUUCGAAGAGGAUAAAGCCAGAAAUCAAAAGUUAAAGGAUGAGUAAUAUAAAUAAGAGGAGGAUUUGAAGAAGUAAGCUAAUAGAGUUUCUAUAUCAAAGGAAAGAGCUGUUUAAGUGGUGGAAGAGAUCACUAAUAGAUUAACGAAUUUGAACUAGCGCAAAAAAUGGUUUGAGGAAAAAUCUCUUGAGAGAUAAAGAUAUGAGACCAAGGUAGAUAUCGAAACAGGCUAGGAGUUAUUCAAACCAAAGCUGAACUUCUCAGCCAGAAAGGAGAAAAACGACCAUAACAAAUUUGUGCUUCAGCAUCAAAAGAAUAAUAAGGAAAAUAAACUAGGCAUCAAUGAGAUACUCUACCUUGAAAGUAAAGUAAUCAAAGAGCGCAAAGAGUAGCUGAAGUAAUCUUACAUGAAUCAAUCUAGAGAUGAGAUUAAGCUGAGCAAUAAGUCUUAGAAAAUGAUAGAGAACAGACAAAGGAACAGUCUACAGGAGUUAUUCUGGGCUUUGGAUUCAGACAAUGAUGGACUCAUCAGCAGUGAUAAGAUUGAUUUAGGGCAGCUGAGUAAUAAGGCUCUUGAUAUCUUAACUAACUUUUUGGUUAGCAUGGAAGAGAGGAGAUUAGUCUUAGACUUUGAGACGUUCUUGAUACUCAUAAAUCAAGUUUUACAGAACUUGUCAUUGGUAGAUAGGGAUGAAUUACUUGCACCAAAAUAAAAAGUCAAAGAGAUUAAGAAUCAUCAUAGUUUCAAACCUUAAAUUUCUGAGAGAUCUCAUAAGCUAGCCAACAAGAGAAGCUAAUCAAGAGGUGACUUGACUGAAUAUCUAACUAGGCCUUUAAGUUCAAAGAGAUCUUAAGCUAACACAAACAACUAGUCAGUAUACUCGGAAUUUGAGAACUUGCAAGGGAUAGAAUCAAGAGAGCUGAAAGAUUGCACUUUCAAGCCAAAUAUUAGCAAAAAGAGCCUUCACUUAGGCAAACUCGUCAAAGAAAGAGAGAUCUCUGGAUGUUCUUCUAGACAAGAUGCUAUUCAUAAGGAUUUCCAGCCUCUGAUUGAUAGAAAAAAUCAAGAGCUUCAAUUUGUGAUGAAAAAGACAAUAAACCUCAGAAUCGAUCAGUGA